CGCGGGGCGGCGCGGCGGCCGGACCCGAGAGCGGCGCACCGCGGCCCGGGCCGCCGGGGUCGUGGGGGGGGCCUCCCGGAAGCGGCCGUGGGCGACCGAGCGGCAUGGCGGCCGCGGCGCUGGGGCCGGCCUGGCGCGCCGUGCGCCCCGCGAGCCGGCUGCUGGGAGCGCUGCCCCCGCGCACGAGCGACGCGCCCCGGCGGGCCUCGCUGCUGGCCUUCUGGGCGCUCGCGCCCAUGAGAGCAGAACCUCCGCGAAAGAAGAAGAAGGUGGACCCUAAGAAAGACCAAGCAGUAAAGGAGCGCUUGAAAAAGAGGAUCCGACGACUGGAAAAGGCGAGCCAGGAGCUAAUUCCCAUUGAGGAUUUCAUCACGCCCGUCAGGUUCCUGAAUAAAGCGAGGGAGCGGCCACCGGUGGAGCUCCCCUUCGAGGAGAGUGAGCGGAGAGCCCUGCUUCUGAAGAAGUGGUCGCUGUACAAGCAGCGCGAGCACGAGAUGGAGAGGGGCACCAUUGGCGCCCUGCUCGAGGCCCAGCGGGAAGCUCUGCAAGAGCUGAAGCUCACAGCCCCGGAACUCCAUGCCGAGGCCACCAAGCGGGACCCCAGUCUGUUUCCCUUUGAGAGACAAGGGCCAGACUACACGCCGCCGAUCGCCAACUACCAGCCCCCGGAAGGCAGGUACCACGACAUCACCAAGGUGUACACACAGGUGGAAUUCAAGAGAUAGAGCUGCAGACAGCUGCCCUCAGGUGCUGCCCUAGGGCGCCCACACCACUGGGCUCUGGCCCACUCAUCACGGGAUCAGGCCUGCUGUGAAUAAACGCAUUUAA